AUGGCUGAAUCACCUGCGUACCCGUCCGAUCUGGACAGCAUUUAUGAUGCCGCAUCCCCCCUCAAAAGCCGCUACGAUCCCAUCCGAUUGACGUCAGACAACAUCGUUCCGAUCCUCGACCUGCCCCUCUCUCACAAGGUGCUAGGCCACGAUGCCUCCAAUGAAUCCCUUGUACAGGUCGCAAGUGGCGAGGUCUCAUACACCACCUUCGUUGCCGACCAGGCCCGCGCCGCUCUCCAAACCAGCGAUGAUCUGACUGCCGAACAAAAACAAUCGCAAAUCCUGCACCUCGGCCUGGCCGCCUUGUUCGCUUUCCUGCAAUCCAAUGUCACCGGACCUCCUCUCGAAUUCAGCUCGGCUGAGGCUGUCUUCCCAUCAUCCCUGCGAACCGAAUCCACAACCCUCAAGACUGUGCGGGCGAAGAUCAUCCGUGACCUAACCGUGGACGGAGAAGCCGCCUACAAGCUCACACCCAACCCCGAAUUGUUCGCCGUCGCCAAGGCUCUGUUGGUCGAUGCGAGCAACGAUGGUCCCCUUGCGGUAAAGACAGCGCGUAUGCGCACCAACUUCCUCCACCAAAAGAUGCUGUCGGAGGUCACGAGUACACUCCAGGAUGUGAUUUACAAGGAUGUCGAGGUGUUGGACAAGGCUGAAUUGAGUUCAGACGAGAGGAGUCGGUUCCUGCUGGAAAGGGCCAUUAUCCACACACACCAUGGUUUCGACGUCAAGGCACGGGCAGAUAUUGAUCAAGCGGCCAAGGUGCGGAGGUUCGAAUUUGCGCUGACUGGAAAGAUGGGCAAGCGUACAAAGUUCCAAGACCGCGAUAUCAGUCAGCUGGUCGUGUUGGCCAAGAGUGCCGAUGAGACAUCACAAUCUUCGGAGCCCUCGGGUCCUAAGAACUUGAACUUGAACGACGAUACCCUGCUCGAGGCUAUCUCCUUCUCCGACCAAAAGCCCGACGAAGAAUCCUUGGCAAUCCAGGACAAAGUCUCGCCAGCUUUGGAUGCUAUUGAUGCCAACAACCAGCCCAUUCUCAGCCCUAUUGAUUCCGCUAUUCUGCUCGCACUCGCCUCUGCCAUUACCAACACCGCCCCUGAGAACGGUCUCACCCGCGAGGAAACAAACCCCUACGCGACUAGAGUCCUGGAUGGUGGCAGCUCCAACUGGCAAAUCUAUACCCAAGCCCUUCUGGUCCGCAGUAGGGUAGAGGGCUACCGUUCGCGUACUGUCGAGAGAGCUGUGCUUCAGAUGCAGGCGUUGGUGGAUCAGGUCAUUGCUGACACCGCGACUAGCGAUGAUGCAGCCCAAACUGAAUCGGGCGAUCCUACAACUUUCCUGCCCCGUCCUGAGCAGUCUGAGUCUGCUCCAGCCGCCGACCGGUUGGAACACAUCUGGAUUCUGAACUUCUCAACACGGUGGAGCCUCGAGGCCGAGCUUGCCAAGCGCUGGGUUGAUUUGGGUGGUCUCCGCACCGCACUUGAGAUCUACGAGAGACUACAUCUGUGGGCUGAGGCCGCCCUUUGCUAUGCCGCCACCGAGCGCGAAGGCAAGGCCAAGAACCUCAUCCGCCGCCAGCUUUACCUGCCUACCGGCCCUGAUGAAAACGACGAGAACGAGCAAUUCGAGGGACCGGAGCGAUCACCAUUGCCAGCCGACGCACCACGCUUGCUCUGUAUCAUGGGAGACAUCGACAAGGAUGAAAAGAUGUACGAGCGCGCCUGGGAGGUCUCCGGGGAGCGAUACGCCCGCGCCCAGCGGUCCCUGGCCCGCCACUACCUCACUCUCACACCACCCGAGCUCGAAAAAGCCGAGGUCGCCUACAAGAAGAGCCUGCACAUCAACCGUUUGAACCACGGUGCAUGGUUCGCCCUCGGCUGCGUGCAGCUCGAGCUCCAAAAAUGGCAAGAAGCAACCGACACCUUCACCCGCACCGUGCAACUCGACGACACAGACGGACAAGCCUGGUCGAACCUUGCCGCCGCGAUGCUGCGCGCACCCGAACCCGAGCCCACCCCCGAAGUCCUCGACGAGUCCACCGGCGAGCUUUCCGCUGCCGAAGUCGACCCCCACAAGCGCAAGCGCGAGGCUCUCUCCGCCCUCCAGCGCGCAGCGCAACUCAAAGGCACCGACGCUCGCAUCUGGGACAAUGUCCUCACAGUGGCAGCAUCGAUCCCACCGCCAGCGACACCGUUCCGCGAGGUGAUCAUGGCACAGAAGCGCAUCAUCGAGCUUCUCGGCACGAAGAAGGGCGAGAAGUGCAUUGACGUCCCGAUUCUGGGUAUGCUCGUUGACUUCCUGAACGUGGCGUUUGAGUACGAGGCUCUUCUCAUCCGCACCGAUGAUCCAUCCGAGGCUCCGAUUGUUCGCACCGGUACAAUCCCCGGCCAGAUUAUCUCGCUUGUCGACCAGAACGUCGUCCCGCUGAUCACGCACUCUUCGGUUCUGUGGCUGAUUGUUGCACGCGUUGAGGUCUUCCGUGGUCGGCCUUUCAAGGCUUUCGAGGCUCAUGAGAAGGCUUGGCGUGCUACUAUUGCCGCCAACGCUCAGGGUGCUUUCCAGAUGGGUGAUGAGAAGCCCUGGCUUGAGGUUGUGCGGGCUACUGAGAAGCUCGUGCGGGAAGGAUACGCCAAGUUCGGUCCUAUGGACCGUGAAGAUCAGAAGCUUGAGGGCGAUCAAGAGGCCGAGCUUGUUGCCCGGGACUGGCGAUUCAAGGCCAGAAGUGCCGUGAGAGGAAUCAUGGGUAAGGGCAAGGAAUUCUGGGAUGGAUCGGAGGGCUGGGAUCGUCUGAAGGAGUUGCAGACUGAAGUCACCGGCAAUUAG